AUGGCACAUCUGACGCACUUCACUCUGCAAGUCCACGCUGAGCAUGCCUCCUCCCCCUCCUUAGUCGCGGCGGCUCCCUCGUUUCUAUCCGCCUCGCCCUCGGUCCUCACUCUCUCGCAAUUCCUCGCCGCGCCGCACGAUCGCGCCGUUUUUCUCACCGCGGUGCGACAACCGCGCGACGCGGCGUCGCCUUCGUCGUCGGAGUACCUCAUCCGCGACCACGCGGCGCCACGUACUGCCACGUCAGCAGAGCCGUCUGCUGCGUCACCGUUCGGCUCAGACGACUCGUUUCGAGUCGCAGGCGAGGUGGUUGGAUGCGUGCGAGGGAACUACGGCGGCACGCAUUUCAUUCUAGCGUCGUGCACGCCGCGAUCCACGGCGACAAAAGAUGGUACCACUAGCAGCGAACCGCACGGAACGGUUACCAACGAUGGCGAAAUGCAUCGAAGCAGCAGCUACGACGAUGUUACAAAAAGCAGGCCGCAGCGGGGUGCGGGCGAUGAGCGAGAACGAGCGCAGGCGCGGGGGCGGGGGGGAGGCGGAAAGAGUGAGUGGAGAGCGCGGAGCGCAUCGGGGGAGGAGAUCUCGCCGCCGCGCGGCGGAAGCAAGAAAGCGGAUGCUCCCGGCAAGGGAGGAAAGGCGGGCAGAGAUUCUAAAUCCGGCAAGGGGUUUCGUCGCAAGAAGGGAAGAUCGUUGUCGCAUGGUGAUUUCCUUUUCGCGAGAGGGUUGUCGCAUGUCGAUCGUGCGUCGUCCAGCCUCGCCGGUGGCGCCAUGAUCGACGGCGAUGCGCGUGCCUCUGAAAACGCCGACGCGGCUCCCCGGCAGGUGGCUUCAGCGCGAGCGGCCUUCGCGCCGCUGUUGAUUGGAUGGCUGCCCGCGAAGGGCGGCAGGGGCGGCGGAAACGGGGUGGAUGACGGCGCGAGAGGAUGGGGAGGAGCGGGAGGAGUGGGGGGACGGGGAAUAGGGGGAUUGGGAGCAGCUGGGGGAUGGCUGACGUGGAACGUGCGGAAAGGGGCAGGAAGCGCACGAGCGAAGGGCGACGACGAACCGACGGGCGACGAGCAGAGCGAGUCGCAGGAAGAAGCGUCGCAGAGGGAAGAGUCGCAGAGGGAAGAGUCGCAGAGAGCAGUGUCGCAGAGGGAAGGGGCGGAGCGAUUGACGGAGAAAGGCAGGCCGCAAGGCGCGUUCGGCCUAUCCUGGGCUCAGGUAGGCCCGCGUCCCCUCUAUACGCAGACUCGCUUUAGUGUAUUGCACGUCGCCGUGUGGAAGCAAGCCCGCGUAACGCCGCACCCGCCCGUCGCCCCCCGCCCGCAGGUGGCGAGUCUGGCGGCGAGGGGAAGCACGGGGGCGCACGCGGAGAGAGAGCGCCGCGGGGGGGGUGACAAUAGCGAGGGAGAAGCUGUGGGGAUUGGGAACGGGGACUUGAAGUGCGGCGCAGGUGAUUAUAAAGGGAGUGCGAGUGGGAGUGCGGCUGCGGGUGCGAAUAUGAGCAACGCGUUGUGGCGUGUCUUCGGGGGCGCGCAGGGGAGCGGCGACGAGUGUGCUAGUAACGAGGCGGCGGCUCCAGACAAGGCCGCGCUGCCUAGUGGCGGCGCGCAGCUGUGGGGCAGCGGCAGGUGGACGGCGCGCGGACGGGGGGGCGCGGCGGAGAGCUUGAAGGGCGCGGCGGACAGCUUCAAGGGCGGGGCGGAGAGCUUGUCCGCUUCCGCGUUUCUCCGCGCCAUAAAGGGUGCGGGCGCGCGGGGGAGCGGCGCUGCUGGCGGGGGCGCGGAUGGCGGAGGCGGCGGCGGUGUGGUGGGCAGCUGGGGGAGGGCGAGCGGGGACAGGCGGAGCGGGUGGGCGUGGGUAGACGCGUGGGGGGUCGGAGAGAGGGGUGCGGGCCCGGACGAGGGGACGCGGAGCAGGGGGGCGGGGAAGGCGGACAGGGAAUGGGGAGACGGGAAAGACGGGAAAGUGUGUGGAGAAGCGGAGAGUUCAGGGGAGCUUGGGGGGCCGGGAAGGCGGAGAGAGGCAGGGGCGGAGGAGAGGGGUAGUGAAUGUGGGGAAGAGGGGAAGGGAGGGAGAUGUGGGGAGGCGGAGGAAGGGGCUAGGGGGACGGGGGAGGAAGGGAGGCGAAAGGAACAGGAUGAGCAGCGUGAGGGGAGGGCGGAAGAGGGCGGAAGUGCCUUGGGCAGUGGUGCUGACGUAGGCAGUGGUGCUGACGUAGGCAGUGGUGCUGACGUAGGCAGUGGUGCUGGCGUAGGCAGUGGUGCUGGCGUAGGCAGUGGUGCUGGCGUAGGCAGUGGUGCUGGCGUAGGCAGUGGUGCUGGCGUAGGCAGUGGUGCUGGCAUGGAGAGUGGGGCGAACAAGGCAGGGAAUGAGCAGGUGGGGGAAAUAAUAACACCCAACAUGGUGGAGGGAACGCCAUGGGGGGAGGAGGAGGGCUCAGCUGCCAGCCAGGAUAGCUGCUGCAGCAGGGAGAGUGGGGGGAGUGGGGGGGUCGUCCAGGGCUGUGAGCAGCACGAUGACUCUGCUGAUGCUGUUGAUGCUGUUGACUCGGUUGACUCGGGUGACUCGGGUGAUUCAGGUGGCUCAGGGGGCGCCAUUGACUCGGUUGACUCCACGGAGGACACGGCAUGCUCCAGUGGUGGCGUUGGUGACGGUGGUGACGGUGGUGAUGGUGGUGCGCUGCUGAGAAUGUCUGCAUCCAUGCCCUCGCUGCAGUCCGACCAUCCAUCUCACCAUGCCCAUGCCCUCGCGCUUGCACACACCCAUCCGCACGCACAUGUGCCAGCCGUGCGGGACAGGGGGGAGAGGGGGGGAGAGGGGGAGUGGGGGGGGAGUGGAGGGAGCGUGGGGCAGGCAGGCCAAGGCUCGGAGCAGGUUCGGAAUGUGCAGCUGGUGGCGCAUGUGGGUGGCGCGGCUGCUGUCCCUGCUGCUGCUCGUGCGACUGGUAUUGCUGGUGCUGCUGCUGUUGCUGGUACUGCUGGUACUUCUGGUGGUGGAGCUGUGUUGGAGGUGCAUCUGCGGGAUAAAGGGGAGGGGGAGAGGGUGGAGGGCGGGGAGGGGGGAGCAGAAGCAUGUGUGGUGCGGCUGGUGAGGAUGAGAGGAGGACGAGGUGAAGGGAGCGGUGGGGGGGAGGGAGCAGGGCAGGGCAGGAGGGUGAGUGCGCCUGGAGUGCUGGCCCAAGCAGCAGCAGCGGCUACAGCAGGUGUGGCUGCAGUGGGUGCAGCAGCAGCAGCAGGUGCAGCAUUAGUGGGUGCAGCAACGGGUGCAGCAGCAGGUGCAGCACUAGUGGGUGCAGCAACGGGUGCAGCAGCAGGUGCAGCAGCAGCAAAGGGUGAAGAAGCAGCAGCAGCAGCAGCAGCAGCAGCAGCAGCAGCAGCAGCAGCAGCAGGAGGGGGGGUGUAUCUGCUGUCUCUGGAUACCACAGCAGUCACUCCCCUGCAGGCGCUGGGCAUGUGUGUGGCAUGGCUGGACAGUGCUGCUGCCAGGCGGCCUUCCCUGUAG